AUGCGCGGGAGCACACGCCGGGGGUUCAACGUUUCUGUUGCCCAACAUUCCUGGUUGCCCCUUACUGGGCCUGCAGGCCGCCUUCACCCCAAACCACCCCGGGAUCGAGAGGGAGUGAAGAUGGAGCGGGAGUUGGGGGGAGGUCGGAUGUGGGAGGCGGAUAGUACCCAUGGGCAGAGAGAGACAGCACAGAUGGAGGCCUGGAAAGGAAAAGAGAAGACUUCUGCACUGACCCAGGGGCUGGAGCGAAUCCCAGACCAGCUGGGCUACUUGGUGCUGAGUGAAGGCGCAGUGCUGGCGUCAUCUGGGGAUCUAGAAAAUGAUGAACAGGCCGCCAGCGCCAUUUCUGAGCUGGUCAGCACCGCAUGUGGUUUCCGGCUGCACCAUGGCAUGAACGUGCCCUUCAAACGCCUUUCUGUCGUCUUUGGAGAACACACUCUGCUGGUGACCGUGUCAGGACAGAGAGUGUUUGUGGUGAAGAGGCAGAACCGAAGCCGGGAGCCCAUUGACAUCUGA